GAGACCAAAUAUCUUUUGCCACCUCUGGAAAAAGAGUUAUUCUUGGCAGAGCACAGUGACCUUGAAGAAGGUGGAUUAGACCUGACUGUGGCAUUAAAACCAGUUAGUUUCUAUAUAUCAGACAAAAAAGAAAUGCUUCGGCAGUGUUUCUGUAUCAUAGGAGAGAAGAAGUUACAGAAGAUGCUUCCUGAUGUGUUAAAGAACUGUUCAAUAGAAGAAAUUAAAAGACUUUGCCAGGAACAGCUAGAGCUCCUGUCUGAAAAAAAAAAUUUGAAGAUUCUUGAGGGUGACAAUGGUUUGGACUCUGAAAUGGAAGAAGCAGCAGAUGACGGCUCUAAGAUGGUAUCUGAUUUAGUUAAUCAGUAA